AAAACUGUCGGAGCUGGCGCACGGUGUAACGGGACAAGGAAUACAUUUGCAGUUUGAAGAGGACACUUUGCGUGGACAUGAGGAUAUUUUUGGAUUACUUUUUUUAUUCGUAAUUAAAAAUAUUUUUUUAUAUAUAUAAAAAAAGUGUAAAACUUCCAUUUGUUUUAAUGUUUAUUUCAUAAAACAUGAGAAAUUGAAUUACAAGUUGACUUGCCUCACUAAUGAGAAUGCGCAUUGAGCACACCGCGGUGCACUGAGGACGGUCAGGAGGAGCUCCGUGAAGCCCGCCAAUGUUCACCUUUUGUCGGCACUUCAGAGCAACUUGUUGAAUAUAUAUACAUAUAUUUUUUUUUCUUUACCCCGCGAGCUCCGGUGAGAAAAGGGUGACAACAUGGCAGAGCACGAGAGCCUGGAGUAUGGAAAGGCAGAUUUUGUGCUGCUGGACACCGUGUCCAUGGAGGAGUUCAUGGCUAACCUAAAACUCAGGUUUGAGAAGGGGAGGAUCUACACCUACAUCGGAGAGGUGGUGGUGUCCGUCAACCCGUACCGCGCCAUGAACAUUUACGGCCGGGACGUGGUGGAGCAGUACAGGGGCCGCGAGCUGUACGAGAGGCCGCCCCACCUCUUUGCCAUCGCCGACGCUGCGUACAAAGCCAUGAAGAGGAGGAACAAAGACACUUGCAUUGUCAUCUCAGGGGAAAGUGGAGCGGGAAAAACGGAGGCCAGCAAGUACAUAAUGCAAUACAUUGCUGCUAUUACCAAUCCUAAUCAGAGGGCCGAAGUUGAAAGAGUGAAGAACAUGCUGCUUAAAUCCAACUGCGUCUUGGAGGCCUUCGGGAACGCCAAGACCAACCGCAACGACAACUCCAGCCGCUUCGGCAAAUACAUGGACAUCAACUUUGACUUCAAGGGAGAUCCCAUCGGAGGCCACAUCAACAACUACCUGCUGGAGAAGUCCCGGGUAAUUUUCCAACAGGGAGGAGAGAGGAGCUUUCACUCAUUCUACCAGCUGCUCAGCGGAGCUCCAGAUUCCCUCUUGCGCUCACUCCACGUCCAGAAGGACCCGACGGCCUACAACUACAUCAGAGUCGGAGGCCAACUUAAGUCCUCCAUCAACGACAGCGCUGAUUUCAAAGCUGUAGCCGACGCCAUGAAAGUGAUCGGUUUCACGGGGGACGAGGUUCAGACCGCUUACAAGAUCCUGGCCACCAUCCUGCAUCUGGGAAACCUGACGUUUGGCACGGAUGGCGACGUGACCCUGAUAGAGAACACGAAGCUGGUGUCCGUGCUCAGGGACUUGCUGUCCACCUCGGAGGAGAACGUGGAGAAGGCGCUGCUCUACCGGACGGUGGCCACGGGCCGAGACGUCAUCGAGAAGCAGCACACGACGCAGGAGGCCAGCUACGGGCGCGACGCUCUGGCCAAGGCCAUGUACGAGCGUCUGUUCUGCUGGAUCGUGGGCCGCAUCAACGACGUCAUCGAGGUGAAGAACUACGACGCCAGAGUCCACGGGAAGAACACGGUCAUCGGGGUGCUGGACAUCUACGGUUUUGAGAUUUUCCAGAACAACAGCUUUGAACAGUUCUGCAUCAACUACUGUAACGAAAAGCUGCAGCAGCUCUUCAUCCAGCUGGUGCUGACGCAAGAGCAGGAAGAGUAUCAGCGAGAAGGGAUCCCCUGGAAGCACAUCGAUUACUUCAACAACCAGAUCAUCGUGGACCUGGUGGAGCAGCAGCAUAAGGGCAUCUUCUCCGUGCUGGACGAAGCCUGUAUGAAUGUGGGAAAAGUCACAGAUGAGGUUUUCCUCCAAGGACUCAAUGGCAAGCUGGCCAAGCACGCCCACUACACCAGCCGCAAGCUCUCACCGACCGACAAGAGCCUGGAGUUUGACAGAGACUUUCGCAUCAGGCACUACGCGGGAGAUGUGGUGUACUCUGUGGUCGGUUUUAUUGAUAAGAACAAAGACACUCUGUUCCAGGAUUUCAAGAGACUGCUGUACAACAGUAACAACCCAGUGCUGAAGGGCAUGUGGCCUGAGGGCAAACUGAGGAUCACUGAGGUCACCAAACGUCCGCUCACGGCCGCAACGCUCUUCAAAAACUCCAUGAUCUCACUGGUGGAGAACCUCGCCUGCAAGGAACCGUACUACGUUCGCUGCAUCAAGCCCAACGACGUCAAGUCCCCUCUACUCUUUGAGCAGGAGCGCUGUCGCCAUCAGGUGGAGUACCUCGGGCUGCUGGAGAACGUCCGAGUGCGUCGUGCCGGCUUCGCCUACAGACAGACGUACCCUCGCUUCCUACAGAGAUACAAGAUGAUCUCUGAGUUCACGUGGCCAAACCAUGACUUGCCAUCGGACAAAGACGCGGUGAAGAAGCUCAUGCAGGGUUGCAGGUUCGACCACGACGUUGCCUACGGCAAAACGAAGGUCUUCAUCCGCACGCCGCGGACCCUCUUCAGCCUGGAGGAGCAGCGGGCCGACAUGGUCCAGAGAAUCGUCCUCUUCCUCCAGAAGGUGUGGAGGGGAACCAUAGCCAGGAUGCGAUACCGGCGGAUGCGAGCCGCCCUGAUCAUCCUGCGGGCCUACCGACGCUACAAAGUCAAGUCCUACAUCCGCGAGGUCAACCGCCGCUUCAAAAACGUGCGAUCCAUGAAGGACUACGGCCGACACGUCAAGUGGCCCACGCCCCCCAAAGUCCUGCGCAAGUUUGAGGAGGCGCUCAAGAGCAUCUACAACAGGUGGUGGGCAUGGACGCUGAUCAAAGGCCUCUCUCCGGAGGACGCCAUACAAGCGAGGGCCAAGGUAGCCUGCCUGGAGGCCCUGAAGGGCCAGAGGGCCGACCUGGGGCUGCAGAGAGCCUGGGAAGGAAACUACCUGAAGCGAGACAGCCCCGACACGUCGUCCUCCUUCACGCUGGUCUGCAGCGAGCUGCAGCGGAAGGACAAAUUCAUGAGGCUCCUGUUCUCCUGCGACGUGCGCAAGAUCAACCAUUUCCACAAAUCGGAGAACCGGGCCGUGCUCAUCACCGACCGCCACCUGUACAAGUUGGACCCCCUGAAGCAGUACAAACCCAUGAAGAGCAUCCCCCUCUACAACAUGACAGGGUUGAGCGUGUCCCCUGGGAAGGACCAGCUGGUUGUGUUCCACACCAAGGACAACAGGGACCUGGUGGUGUGCCUGCAGGGCAUGGUGCCUGCCAAUGAGAGCCGCAUCGGAGAGCUGGUCGGCACCCUGGUUAGCCAUUUCAAAAGCGAGAAGAGGAAGCUGCAGGUGAACGUCGCCAGCCCCAUCCAGUGCAGCAUGAACGGGAGGAAGUGCACGGUCAUCGUCGAGCCCAAGAUCAACCAGUCGCAGCCGGACUUCACCAAGAGCCGAUCCGGUUACAUCCUGGCUGUUCCUGGCAACUAAAGUGGGCCGAAAGGAAAAGAAAAAAAAAAACAACCACACACAAAAAAACAAAAACAAAAAACAAACAGACGAUUUGAAAUCAGGAUUAGAUAAUAACGAAGAUAAGUCACUUCUUGAGCUGCUGAUGAUGUGUCGAUGUAGAAAGCGGCUCUGUGCAAGGACUGAGGUAGCUGAACCCUCACAGCAAAGCUAAUGCCAAAUUUAAUCUUUUUUUAUUUUAUUAUUAUUAUUAUUAUUUUGUGGGCUUCUGGGAAUAUUACUAUUAAAGAAAAGCAAUUUUGUUAAACAGAUUUAAAAACAUGCACUACGUGAUUAUCCAAAUUUCUAGUCAUUUUGCUUUGUGCAAUAUUUAGUUUAGUGUUAACUGAUGAGUCGUGUGAGUCCAAAGACUUCGCAGCGAUGUUCGACCCCUGCAGCUCCACGUGUGGAAGUCGGGGUUUAGAAAUCCGAAGAAAGAAGGAAAAACUAACUCCUGCGCUUAACGUUUCGAGGAAUUAAAACGUCAACGAGCUGAGCUGAACACGCGCGCGGUGAACGCGGCGUCCGCUUUCAGACCGUUAAGUGUUUACAAUCGCACGGCGAGCGAGGAGACGUGAUUCAGUGGUUCAGUCAGUGUCUGAAGUCCAGAGCGUAGUCACGGGGUGUUGAGUAGGAUGUGUUGAGCAUAUCCUGAACCUGCUAUAUGCACCAGCUAUUAAUUUAAAUCAUGCGUCUUAUACUCUCUAUGCAACGUCUACUUUUAUAAUACGCUUACACGUUAAAGGUUAACAUGGGUGUGAGCGACACAUAUGCACUUAUGCUGUUAAUAAAAACUGAAAAACAGAAGGCGAACGAGACGACGGCGACCAAAGCCUUCGGUUCAUACUCCUUUAGCUUAGCAUCAGCUAGCCAGUACUGUAUAAUCCCAUGUGAACCCCUCAUCUCCUUUGCUGUCUUUGUGCUGAGCGAGUAGCCUAACGCCUCGUAGUGAUCCUCAGUCCUUCUGAAAGGUUUUGACAGAUACCCCCUCCUUCACCACGGAGAGAGAGUGUGUGCGAGUGUGUGCUGAGUGUGUGUGUGCUGUACUCGCGUUGAUUGCGCUCUCGUCUUCUUGGCUCCGAGGCCGAGGGCCUGGCCGGCGUCCACACCGAAGUGGUGUGAAGUCUGCAAUCAUCAGACUGCUGCACCCCGGACUAUUUCUGUUGUUCCUCUGUUUUGGAGACGUUCGCUUUGUCUAAAAAUUCCAUCGCAGCGUGGCUUCCGAGGCGUCGCGGCAAAGCCAGAUCGCACCCAUUCGAAAAACCGUCGAACGCGGCGCUCUCGCAAGCUGUCCAAAGUUCUCGCGCACAUCACAACGUGUUCUUUAUGCAGUAGGAAAAAAAAAAAAACGGCAGCAGCACAGGCGGUUGUGAGGUCGAGACGUCGAGCUUUGUAACGAUUGAUAUUAAUAUCCGAAACGGGGAGAGGAGGGGAGGGGAGGGGGCGGCUUCCAAGAAAGUUCCAUCAGUGUGUGAUGGCGUCCUUUGAAUGCAAACACAGAUGGCUGUAAAGUGACAUUUGUGGAAAGCCGCGGUGCGUAUCGAACAGACGCUCUCGCUCGGCCCGGCGGUGAUGUUCGUUUCCGUCUGCGGUGUGAGAGCACAAGGCGUAAAUGUCUGUUGCUUUUGUUGUGUUAAUGUGUUUUCACUGCCGUACAACCGAGUGGAUUAAAACGCUUUCCUUCACCUUAGCAGUGAUGAGAAGUGUCUCUGUAAAUGUUCUGGAGCUCCAUCAGUCGUGUUAGUUGAGGCAUGCUAACACGCUAACCACUAGCCACGACAUGCUCCUUCUUUCUCUUUUUCUUUGCUGGACAGUAAACUCCAUCUGGGCAAUUAGCUAUGGAGGUUUUUUGGUUGUUGUUUUUUUUUUAAAUUUAAUUUGAUUGAAUAAAUGAAGAGAAGCUCUGAAGGAGCUUUCUCACUAACUCGGUGUUGUAAAACCGAGCUAAUUGCCAAUUACUAGCUCGUUAGCUCAGCCCGCUGAUGAGACCGUUUACGUCCAGAUGUGUGCAGACAGUUGUUUGCUCUUUUCCAGAGCAGCUUACAUUUUGACAUAAAAGCAACCAAUGAGCAUCUAUUGUUAAACCAGCCUGGACACGUGUCUGUCCACCUCAGUCUGAUUCAGAUUUACUCCCAUUUAUUUUCUUACUCUUUGAAACUCGUGUUGAGUUUGUUCACAUUGGAGCUGACGUCUGAGUGGAGGGUUUGUGGCAGGAAGAAGGAGGUUACAGAUUAGCACUGGCCAGCUUUCCGGCCCGAAUCAUUCAUCUUUGUAUGAACUGUCCUCACAUGGUAAGACCUGAUGUUCUUAAAAGAGACAGACAGAGCAGAGACACAGUUGUAUUGCACCUCCGCCCACAGACUCAGAGCCCGAGCCUCAAAGCUGAAGAGGCCGAGUUGUUGGCUUCUUCACACCGGGAAGGAAAAACUAGUUGGCAGUGAUUAGGGCCCGAGUGGUUUAUCUUAAUUAGUUCGCCUGUGCCCCUGUCUUUUUGAAGAAGUAAAUCUCCAUUCUACCUCGCCGCCUCCAGGAGGACGAGCUCGUCCCGGUUGUUACGAGACUUCGCCUCCGAGUCAAAAAAAAAAAAGGCUUUUUUGGGGAAAUUGGUGAAUUAAUAGCUUGGAUUAAAGGAGCGACAUGGGCGGCGUUAAGAAGCGUUUUUUUAGAGGAGCUCAGGCAGGACUGAGGAGAGCGUGGGCUAUAACGGGGCAGCUCUCCAUGUCCUCCAGCGCGGUUAAUCUCCCACAGGGCUUCUCCUCCUCUCCGCUCGGCUAUUCACCGCUCAUCAUUAGGAAGGAGUCCGUGUCACUUCUCAGUUGAGCGCUUCGCCCGGCGCUUUCUCCAGGCAAAACGGACCGGCGAACAAAGCCUCUGCCAACCCCCCCACCCUACACACACACACACACACACACACACACACACCUCUUUUCCUCUCUGCUCUUCCACUUCCCUUCUCCUCGUCAGAUCACUUGGCUCCUCGCCCGGGCCCGGCCGACUGCACCAUCCUGCAGGCUAGCGAAGGUUUCGCUGUUUUUGUUUUCUCCUUCUCCACAAGAAAAAAAAAAAAACUUUAGUAACAAAUAUCAUGCAGCAGCAGAAACAAUAUAUACUCAUUUACGUACGCGCUUUGUCGUCAGCGGAACCAGCGAAAAGAUCAAAACGAGCAUUUUGUUCGUCUGCCACUUCUUCUGACCUCUAAUUUCAAUUAAAUGUCAUGUUUACACGCACGAUGAAUGAAGCUAGUAGAGACCAAGGAAAAAAAAAACAAAAAAAAAAACAAAGCUGAUGGAUAAAGAUCUAAAUCUUUGUGUUUACAUGCUCCAAAGCGUCGAUUCGAAUGAACUUUGUUGGGCACGUGCAUGCAGUUAGAUGUUCCUUCAACCAAUCAGAGCCAUUUUCAGGUGACAAGUAUGACCAAAUAAACACAUUUUCCAUUUUAUUGAUUACUAGCUUUAUAAUUAACAAGCUUUUUUUUCUAAUUACCUCUUUACAUGAUGUCAAAUUUAAAUGGAGGCCCGUGCCAUCGUGUUGUUUCCGUAAAUAUUCCAUACAGUCAUAUGUACAUUCCUCUAGUUUCGGUGUGUUUUUUUGUUCCAGAUGCAUCCAACUCUGUCUAUAUAUCCAUCAUAUCAUAUCAUAUCGAGCCCGUCCAUUUUAGCCAAAGGGUAACCAAUUCCAAGUUUCUCGUCUGUAAUUUAUUCCGCGGCUUUAAGCAAAACCUGUGUGUACGCGUUCAUUACGUAUGUGCCUAAUUUUUUUGUAUUAAGUUUAUAUUUUGCAUAUUUGUGUAAUAUGUCAUAAUUACGUGCGGCAAUAUCCAGAAUGAGUCGAAAAGGGGAAAUGCUGUAAUACAGUUCAAAGUGUAUUGUGUGUGAAUGCAUUCCUUCAUGGAGAAUAUUUCAUUAAUCGGUUUAUUAAUAAAUUGAUUUGCUUCAGUGA